AUGGGCUUCCACGGCAAGCUGCUCGUCGCCGGCCUCGCCGUCGGCGUCACGGCGCUCAUGCUGUACAAGAUGAGCAAGAAGCGCGAGCAGGAGCAGCUCAAGCUGCAUGCUGCCGCUGCGCCGCCGUCGCAGCAGCCGCACGGCACCAACUGGGGCGCCGUCGCCGGCGGCGCUGCGGCCCUCGGCGCCGUCGGCUACGGCGCGCACGCCCUCGCCUCGCACUCGACGGCGAAGCCAUCCAGCAGCACCGGCGACGUGCCCUGGUCGGCGCUGCGCGACUGGCGGCACAUCGCCGCGCUGCUCGCCUCGUGUGUCAUCGACCAGCACCUGUACCCCUUCUACGCCUGGCACCAGAUCGCCACCAUGUCGCAGCAGAUUGCCGAGGCGGGCGUGCUCUACUCGUGCGCCGAGGCCUGGGAGCUGCCGCCCGUGCUCGCGCAGGAUCUCGUCAAGCUCGCCCUCUUCGACGUGUGCUUUCUGCUCGACGACUCGGCAUCCAUGAACGCACGCGGCGAGAAGCGGCGCGAGGCCCUCGGCGCCAUCGUACGUCGCGCUGCCGACGCUGCUGGUCGUCUCGAUCCCGACGGCAUGGAGGCUGCCUGGCUGUGUGCCAGCGGCGGCCACCGCAUCCACAAUGCGCAGGAAGCUCGUGCGCUCGUCGAGGCGUGCGCCUUCAACGGACAGAGCACGCCGAUGGGCAGUGCACUGCAGCACAAAAUUCUCGAGCCGCUGCUGUACGGCAAGCUGGCGAGCAACUCGCUGCGCAAGCCCAUCCUCGCCAUCGUCAUCACCGACGGCCGCCCGACGGGCUCGAGCGAGCGCGACAAUCUCAUCGUCAAGGUCAUCCAGGAGGCCAAGGCUCGUCUCGCCAGCAGCCCGUACGGCGAGGACGCCAUGAGCAUCCAGAUCGCCGCCGUCGGCAACGACAAGGAGGCGCAGGACUGGCUCGACAGCAUCGACUCGGACCCGCAGGUCGGCCAGCUCGUCGACGUCUGCUCCGACAUCCGCGUCGAGGCGGCGCAGGUCAGGAAGCGCACGGGCAUCGAGCUGACGGAGGACCUGCACUGUCUGAAGAUCAUGCUCGGCGCCAUCGACUCGGCCUACGACGCUUCGGACGAGCCUGCGUCGCCCAAGUUCAGCCGACGCAAGGACGACAGCCUGCGCAAGGCUCAACGCUGGCAGCAGGCGCGCGCACAGCUCGAGCGCGAGCGCGACGCUGCGCUCGGCGCGCACGCCUCGGCGACGGCGCCCAGCAUGGGUGGCGCCUUCCCUGCCCAGCAGCAGCAGCACUACCAGCAGCAGCCGUACCCGCCGCCGCAGGGCUAUCCGCAGCAGCCAGGCUACCCUCAGCAGGGCGGCUAUCCGCAGCAAGGGAUGCAGCCCGGCUACGGCGCGCACGCCGGGCAGCAGCAGGGGUACGGCGCCGGCGCAGGCGGCGCGCCAGGCUACGGCGGCCCGCCUGCAGGCGCUCCGCCCGCGUACGACUUCGCCGCGCCAGCCUUCGCCGACGCUUCGCGCGCUGGGCCGCCGGGCGGCGGCGCCGGCGGCUUUGCGAUGCCCACGCCGCAGCAGCACCCGCCGCCAGCGCCUCAGGGAGCGCCGUACCCGCCGGCGGGCGCCGGCUUUCCCUCGCCUGGCCAGUGGUGA